AUGAUCGUUUGGUUUUACGCAUGCUCUUUUUUCCUGGCAGCUCUGUCUGCACCCAGGGGUUCAUCUGUCUCCAGCCGCUGCUCCGGACGCGCCUGCAACCCGCGCAUGGGGAACCUGGCAGUGGGCAGACGCAUCACCACUCAGUCCGUAUGUGGAACCAACUCCUCUGACGCGUUCUGUUUCUUCAAGCAAACUUUCCCCACUCGCAGCGGGAAGGAUUUCUGCGCCAGGCCAAAGUGCGGCAAGUGCAACGCCGCGAUCCCCGCAGUUGCGCAUCCUCCCUCGGCCAUGAGCGACUGUUCUUUCCGCUUCCCUCACACCUGGUGGCAGUCUGCGGAGGGGGCGCAGGGGGAGACGCUGCAGCUGGACCUGGAGACCAAGUUUGUCUUUACGCACCUGAUCCUAGUGUUCCGCUCGCCUCGGCCCGCGGGGAUGAUGCUGGAGCGCUCCCAGGACCACGGCAGGACGUGGACGGUGCUCAAGUAUUAUGCCAAAAACUGUGAAGAGGUGUUUGGAGUCAGAGAGGGUCAGUCAUCAGGGAGGAAUGGGACCACAUGCAGCUCCAAGUACUCCGGAGCCUUCCCGUGCACCAGAGGAGAGGUGAUAUACAGGGCCCUCUCCCCUGGCAGUGCCCUGGACCCCUAUGGACCGGACGCUCUGGAGCAGCUGACCGUGACUAACCUGAGGGUGCGACUCCUCCAGCGCCAGCCCUGCCCCUGCGAGGCCAGACACUCCACAGAACUGCCCACAAAACAUUACGCCAUUUAUGACUUUAUAGUGAAGGGAAGCUGCCUCUGCCACGGCCAUGCGGACCACUGUGUGCCAGCCGGCUCGCACCACAGGAGAGCCAACAACAUGGUCCACGGGAAAUGUGUGUGUCGCCAUAACACUGCCGGCGACCACUGCCAACGAUGUGCUCCUCUUUACAACAGUCGACCGUGGCAGGCGGCCAACGGUGUCACCGGGAGCCCACAGGAGUGCCAGAAGUGCAAGUGCAAUGGCCACGCUCAGAGCUGCCACUUGGACCGUAAGCUGUGGCUGCAGUCGGGGCGGAGGAACGGAGGAGUGUGCGACAACUGCCUCCACAACACUGCAGGCCACCAGUGUCAAGUCUGUAGAAGGGGAUUCUACAGGGACCCAACUCUGCACAAAACGUCCCUGGAUUCCUGUAAACCUUGUUUGUGUCACCCUCUGGGCUCUGCCUCAGCCGGGGGUCCUGUCUGUGACCCCAGCAGCGGAGAGUGCACCUGUAAACCCGGAGCGGCCGGCCCUCGCUGUGACAGAUGCAUGAUGGGAUACUGGGGACUCGGACAAUAUGGCUGCCGACCCUGUGACUGCACAGGGGACUGUGAUCCAUACACCGGAGACUGUUUCUCUGACUCAGAUGUGGGGGUCCCGUUCACAGCCACUGACCACCGCAGCAAUAACAGUGAGACUGCGCUCUUCAGGCCAAAGGAGCUGUUCUCUGCACUGCACCACUCCGGUACGGUCACAUCCAUCACGGUCGACCACAGCGAAGACCAGAGCCGUCCAUUCAAAAAGACGGCACACAUACGAAUAACAAUGUCUCUGCUCUAA